UUUGUUUGCUUGGCUAUCUGUAUUUAUUAAUAGAGUUGGGGUUUUUUUGCUAUCUUCAUGCAAGGGGAGAGGAUUUGGAACUGAAAAAACAAUUUUAAAAAAGAAAUAAUUUAUCUUUAUUUUUAAAAGACUGGCUUAAAUUUCAAGGAUGAUAGAGAAUGGUCUUCUAAUUAUUCUUAAAUGUUGUCUUAUUCUGAUGUGUCUUCUAAUAGAAAUAAUAAACACAAAACUACAAUCCAAAGUUAAAAAAAAGAAUAAUUUACCCAGUAAAAUUGUGUAUUAGCCCAGGGGACAGGGGGGGCGGGGAGGGGGGAUGAACAUUUUAAUGGAACAAAAACUUCUACACGUUUCUGUUAAAAAGAUCAGAACUGUAUAAAACCUUUGAAGUUCAAACACAUUAGUAGAGGAUACAUAAAAAAGGUAAAAUAGGAACAAAUAAUUACUGGGACUAAUAAGGUUAGACUGUUUAACAUUCAAAUAUGGAGAGAUGAUAUAUGUUUUGCUCUCAACCAUAUCAUCCAAAGUCUGGAGUCAUGAAAGGAGUCUUAAUUUGACAAGGCCUAUGAGUGAUUCAGUAUAUAAAGCAGGGUAAGACAAAUACACUAGAGAAGAAAGGAAGGGAACAUUAAGGGAAAUUACUGCACAUAAUUAGAAUACCUAAGCAGAUACCUAUAUACAAAUUAGAAGAAAGGAAUGAGAGAGCAUCAACUUCAUUCUUGUCUGAACUUCCCACCUCAAAGAAACACAUAUACAAAGUUGAGAACAGAAAUAUAUUUCACGAGCCUAGAUUUGAAAAAAGGAAGCUGGUCUGAAGACUACUAGGAAAGCUCCGAGCCCACAGAAGAUCCAGUUGGCACCCUGAGGAACACUGCUGGAUACUCCUGUUAAAGAGAAUUCUCUUUGAGCCAGUUGAUUUCUUACUUCCCUUUAAAAAUGGGAGUUGUCAGUGGAUUUAUAAAAUAUUCUAUGUUUGUCUUCAACUUCAUAUUCUGGGUAUGUGGCAGCAUAAUCCUGGGAAUAGCAAUAUAUGCACGUACCAGCAAAAUCGGUCAAGAGAUCAUUCGUGGAGAAGCAUCUGGAAUGAAUACACGUACAGCUGCAAAUCUCUUGAUAGCUGUGGGUACCAUUAUCAUGGUCCUCGGUUUCCUGGGAUGCUGUGGUGCUUUGAAGGAAAAUCGUUGCAUGCUGCUCUUGUUUUUCGUUGGAUUACUUGUGAUUGUGAUUAUUCAGAUUGUAGUAGGUGUGGUAGGACUGUCCUUCAAAACUAAGAUUGAAAAAGCUUUUAAAAAGAGUUUUGAGCAUGAAGUGAUGACUUUGAGCAAAGAUGAUCCUCAGUCUCAGACAUUUCAAAAGAACUUGGAGAAAAUGCAAGAGAAGUUUAAGUGCUGUGGCUUGAUCAGAGGAGCAGCUGACUGGGGAAAGAACUUCAACAAGUAUGGUGGAUCAUGUGAAUGUACAAGUUCUGUACUUAAUGAUUGUGUAGACUAUCCGGGAAAACAUGUUUACAGAGAGUCAUGUGGUCAGCAUAUUAUUAAUUACCUGAAGAAAAAUAUGGUGAUUGUUGCUGGGGUUGCAUUUGGAGUGGCAGUGAUUGAGAUACUUGGCCUGAUCUUUUCUUAUGUUUUAUGGCGCCAGAUUGGUCCAAACUAAAACUGCAGGAGUUACACUGUUGCCUACCAAAUCGUCCUUUUCACAAUUUGCUCUGCUUAAAAACUAAACAAAAGAAAACUGUACAGUUUUGUCAAAUAGUAGCCAAUUUGUUAAAAUAUUCCGUUUUGUAGAAAGCAUGGAUACCUUUCGUUGUGUACCAGAUGUCUUUUAAGAGUUGUGUGACAUAGGAACAAAUGAUAUUGAUGUAUAUUUUUAUUUAGAAUAAAACACAAUUUGUUUUAAUUGAAAAAAAAAAGAAAUAUAUUUCACUCAACAAUGAAAAAGCAGGGAAAGGAGGAAUUACAAAGAAGAUAAGUUAAAGAGAUUAGUCCUAAGCAAAAUAAAUUCAAAAGAUAUACAAAAAUAUUUAUAGUUCCUUUUGAGGUAGAAAAGAACUGGAAGGGGAAAAUGAUGAAGGCGAUGGCUUCAAAGAAAUAUUUGAGACUUGUAGGUAUUGAUGCAGAAUGUACUAGUGAAACAAUGUCUACAAUAAUAACAUUAUGGUUAAGACAACUUUGAAAAAAUUAAGAAUUCUGACUACUAUGAUGACAAACCACAAUUGCAGAGGACUAAUGAUGAAGCUUGA